AUAGUUCAAGACUGCCUUGGGAGCAUUACUGGUGCUGCUUGUCAGAAGAUUGUCUAUUGUUGGAGUUAUCCCUGCCCUCUAACCUUUGGUCCCCUGAGUUGUUUUCUUUUUCAUGCCCCCUCAUUUGGACGUCUCCCAAAUAUUUCUCUGCAACCCCCGACAAAUCCGACAUUACUCCAAAGCCCAAUCAAAGCAGAAUCUCAUCCAGUCUAUUGUUUUGCCCUCCUCUGGGGGCAAACUCCAAUAUCAGCAAUGACACGUGUAAGGAAAACUGUCCAUUUGGCAAAACAACUAAACCCCUCCAUUGUUGUGCUUUUGUUGCGUCUGCCUCGCGAUACCAGCACUCUCUCUGUCAGCCGUAUAUAUCUGAGAGUCCAAAUUUUUCUCCUCUUGAAUUGUGUGAAUAGUUUGGAUGAAUUUAACAGUGGAAAAUGUCUCAGUACUCAGGAAAGAUUGUGCUCUACGAGGGAAAAUGCUUCACAGGCAGGAAGCUGGAGCUCUGCAGUGACUGUGACAACUUUCAGGACCGCGGCUUUUUGAACAGGGUCAACUCUGUCCGAGUGGAGAGUGGGGCCUUCGUCUGCUUUGACCAUCCUGACUUCAAGGGCCAGCAGUACAUUCUGGAGCAUGGAGAGUACCCUGAUUUCCAGCGCUGGAAUGCUCAUAAUGAUCACAUGGGCUCCUGCCGACCAAUCAGGAUGCAUGGAGAGCACUACAGAUUGGAGCUGUUUGAGGGAGACAACUUUGCCGGUCAGUGUGUGGAGCUGUGUGGUGACUGUCCAUUUCUGCAAGCACGAGGUCUGACCAAGAACUGUGUGAACUCCAUCAAGGUUUAUGGAGAUGGAGCCUGGGUGUUGUAUGAGGAGCCAAACUAUCGUGGUCGCAUGUACAUUGUGGAGAGAGGAAGCUUCUACAGCCACAAGGAGUGGCAAGCAGAGAAUCCCACAAUCCAGUCUGUUCGCAGGGUGGCAAACUACUUCUAAAGCUAUAUCAACAAUCGACUGCUGAUGAAGUAAACAUUCCACACUGUCAGGCCGUAUCUGAUUGACACUGUGGAGCUGUAGAACAAUAAAACAAGUGGAAAAUAUUUAAUGCUGUUGCAUUUUUGUUAUAUAUUAUUCAGAGGCUGAAAUAAAAUAGUAAUCCUGUA